GUCCCUUUCCUUUGCAUAUAGUACAGAGAAGUAUAAAAAUACACUUUGAGAAUGGCAACACACGGACAUACACACGACCACGCGCAUGAUCACCACGGCCAUGACCAUGGUGAAUUCAUUGAUCCAGCCGAGGCCGAACGAGCUCACUUGCGAACGGUCCUGACAGCAUUCACGUACUAUAAGGCCCACGCGCGCAAUCGAAAUCAUCGUCGUCGAACCAACUUUUUGGCACUUCCAGAACAUCACAAGCGCCUCAUUCCUAGUAGCCUGGAGAAAAUUGAUCAGGUUGAUCGUUGUAUAGAGAAAAAUAUGAUUAUGCUCAGAGAUAUCGUAAAGUGCGCUGGUAUGUUUAUGGGUAUCGAUCCUCGGGCGCUUGUCGCCGAAGGUUCCCAAAUUCAGAGUGACAAGCCUCCAGUGACGCCAAUGGAUAUGGAUAAAGUGCGAAGUACACUGAAGCAGUUUGUUCGAGACUGGGCAGAAGAGGGAAAAGCAGAGCGUGAUGCAACAUACGGACCGAUUCUAGAAGAACUUGAAAGCAUAUAUGGCAGUGUGGAUGUAAAAGACAGGGGAAAUGUUCGCGUGCUUGUUCCUGGAGCUGGAUUAGGACGCCUUGCAUAUGAUAUUGCCAAUAAAGGCUUCAGCUCUCAGGGCAAUGAAUUCUCGUUCUUUAUGCUGGUGGCAUCCAAUUUCGUACUGAACAGAAUCAGUAGACCGCAUGAAUAUGAAAUACAUCCUUUUGUGCAUUCGUUCUCCAACAUCCGAUCUUCUGAACAACAGCUCAAACCGAUCCGUAUACCAGAUAUUGUACCAUCGCAGUUACCAGCUACUGCCGAUUUCUCAAUGGCUGCUGGAGAAUUUGUUGAAGUAUAUGGAGGCGACGAGGAUGGUUACGGCACUUGGGAUGUGGUCGUAACAUGCUUCUUUAUCGACACCGCAACAAACAUCAUUGCUUAUCUCGAAGUGAUUCAUAAUAUUCUGAAGGAAGGCGGCACAUGGAUUAAUAUUGGUCCCCUUUUAUACCAUUUUGAGGAUAUUCCUGGCGAAGGCUCAAUAGAAUUAAGCCUUGAAGACGUUAAAAGGGUUUCUCGAGAAAUUGGUUUCGAGUUUAAGAACGAAAAAACUGUAAACACAACUUACACAUCGAACCCAGAUGGCAUGCUGAAAUACGUCUAUGAGUGUGCAUUCUGGUCUGCCACGAAGAAAAGCAACCCCACCCAACAACAAUAGUAUAAAAUAACUAUGAUGGUCACUUAGACGCUCGCAUCAUUCUCUAACUAGAAUGUAUGAAAGGAAGGGAUCGGUUAUUAUCUAAUGGAAGGAUGAAGACAGUAGUUGGGAAAGAUAGUUGUGACGCCAUAAAAUGUCAUGGAUUCAACCAAAGAAGAAAAAGGUUGUACAAGUAGAUCAAAAAGUUUAAUAUAUCAUCGUUGUAUUAAGCAAAUCAAAUAAGAAGUUUCUAAUUCU